AUCUGACAGUCUAUGUGGUUAUUGCAUGGCACUAUCAUGGAUCCAGCCAUUUGGCUUUAGUACUGAAUGGCCAGACCUCAGCAGACCUCCCUCCCCCCUUCUUUAUAGAAUCACCUUGCUGUAUACAGAACACUGGGAGCUGGUGGACCUGGAACAUCAAGGAUUCUAGACAUGGUGACGACAUCAAACCGUUUGGUCUAAUGGAUGGCACAACAACAGCAGCAGCAGCAGCAGCAAGCCCUGCGAUUUCGUGGUCCCACACCUCCUCCCACUGCUGUAUUGAGAGGUCCUCCUCCUCUUUUGCGUCCACCACCUCCUUUUGGAAUGAUGCGGGGACCACCGCCACCACCACGCCCUCCAUUUGGAAGACCUCCUUUUGACCCAAAUAUGCCACCAAUACCACCACCAAGUGGCAUUCCUCCUCCAAUAGGUCCUCCGCAUCUUCAGCGACCUCCCUUCAUGCUCCCACAUAUUGGAAGCAUGCCCCCUCCUGGAAUGCUGUUUCCACCAGGGAUGCCACCAGUGUCUACACCUGCAACAACACCAAAUCCCAGCCAAAGCCCUGCUCCUACACAGGCACCAACAUUGCCACUAAACGAGGAAAUCUGGGUAGAGAAUAAGACUCCAGAUGGCAAGGCUUAUUUUUAUAAUGCACGCACCCGUGAAUCUGCAUGGAGUAAGCCUGAUGGAGUGAAGGUUAUCCAGCAAUCAGAACUGACUCCAAUGAUGGCAGCCCAGGCUCAAGCUCAAGCCCAGGCCCAGGCUCAGGCUCAAGCAGUUCAGGCACAAGCUCAGGCUCAAGCCCAGGCCCAGGCUCAAGCAGUUCAGGCACAAGCUCAGGCAGCCCAAGUUCAGGGACAAAGUCAAGUACAGAACCAGGCUGCACAUACACAGGCGGUGACAGGCGCCUCUCCAACAACGAGCAGCCCUUCAUUAAUGGUAUCUACAUCAGCAUCUUCAACUAGUCAGUCGUCUUCAACUAAUACUACCACAUCAAACUCCAUAUCUCAGGUGGUGCCUAGCUUGUCUGCUCCUGAGCAAUCCCAAAGUAAUUCUGUUUCUGUGACCACAACGUGCACAAUCAGUGUUGCAGCCUCUCUGCCCACAGUUUCUUCAGUGCAAACUCUGCCUCAGACAUUGUGCCAGACGUUGCCACCCACCAUCUCUCACGCAUUAUCACAACCUACAGCAGCAAUUUCGGCCUUCCCUCCAGUUAUGGUACCCCCAUUUCGUGUUCCCCUUCCUGGCAUGCCUAUACCAUUACCAGGUGUAGCAAUGAUGCAAAUAGUAAGCUGCCCGUAUGUAAAGACAGUCGCUACCACCAAAACCGUGCCCGUGUCUGUAGGUGUGUUGCCUGGAAUUGCUUCUUCUAUUGUUCCAAUGAUUCAUCCUCAAGUGGCCCUUGCUGCUUCUCCUGCCACCUUAGCAGGAGCGACCUUACUGUCAGAGUGGUCCGAAUACAAAACCGCGGAUGGCAAAACAUACUAUUAUAAUAACCGCACUCUGGAAUCCACGUGGGACAAACCUCAGGAACUGAAGGAAAAGGAUAAAGAAGUUGAGAAAGUAAAAGAGCCUGUUAAGACUGAGCCAGUUGUGGAGGAACCACAGCCAAUGGAGGCAGAGGAAGAAGUGCCAAAGGAAGAACCUCCCAAGGAGAUAAAGGAGGAGCCAAAAGAAGAGGAAAUGACGGAGGAAGAAAAAGCUGCCCAAAAAGCCCGGCCAGUGGCUACGACACCAAUACCUGGCACUCCAUGGUGUGUGGUGUGGACCGGCGACGAGCGUGUCUUUUUCUACAACCCAACUACACGCCUCUCUAUGUGGGACAGACCAGAAGAUCUGAUUGGAAGAGCUGAUGUUGACAAAAUCAUUCAGGAGCCUCCACAUAAAAGAGGAUUAGAGGAUGACAAGAAAUAUUUUAAAGAAGAUCAUGAAUCCACAGAAGAUGUUAACGAUGACGAGCCUAUAAAAGCUAAAAAGCGGAAGAAAGAAGAAACAGAGUCUGAUAAGGAGACCACUAUGGAGGCUGAAAUAAAAGCUGCCCGUGAGCGAGCCAUCGUUCCCCUGGAUGCCCGAAUGAAACAAUUUAGAGAUAUGUUGCUGGAGAGAGGGGUAUCUGCGUUUUCCACUUGGGAAAAGGAGCUCCACAAGAUUGUGUUUGACCCUCGCUAUUUACUCCUCAAUCCCAAGGAAAGAAAACAGGUGUUUGAUCAGUAUGUGAAAACUAGGGCGGAGGAGGAAAGAAGAGAAAAGAAAAACAAGAUUAUGCAAUCAAAGGAAGACUUCAAGAAAAUGGUGGAGGAAGGGAAGUUUAAUGCUAGAACUACUUUCAGUGAAUUUGCAGCAAAACAUGCCAGGGAUACACGGUUCAAAGCCAUUGAGAAAAUGAAAGAUCGUGAAACCUUAUUUAAUGAAUUCAUGGUUGCUGCACGAAAGAAAGAGAAAGAGGAUUCUAAAAACAAAGGAGAAAAGGUGAAACUUGACUUCUUUGACCUGUUAUCAAAUCAUCAUUUGGAUGCACAGUCUCGUUGGAGCAAACUAAAAGACAAAAUAGAGAGUGAUCCCCGAUACAAAGCUGUAGAAAGCUCGUCUGCACGGGAAGAACUUUUUAAACAUUACAUUGAGAAGAUAGUGAAAAAUUUAGAUACAGAAAAAGAGAAGGAACUUGAGAGACAGGCUCGUAUUGAGGCCAGUUUACGAGAACGAGAGCGGGAAGUGCAGAAAGCCCGAUCUGAGCAAACCAAGGAGAUUGACAGGGAGCGGGAGCAGCACAAGCGAGAGGAAGCAAUCCAGAAUUUCAAAGCUCUUCUGUCUGAUAUGGUACGAUCAUCAGAUGUUUCAUGGUCUGAUACCAGGAGAACUCUGAGAAAAGAUCAUAGAUGGGAGUCCGGCUCAUUGUUGGAAAGGGAAGAAAAGGAAAAACUGUUCAAUGAACACAUUGAUGCGCUUACUAAGAAGAAGCGAGAGCAUUUCCGACAGCUCCUGGAUGAAACCUACACUAUUACUUUAACAUCAACUUGGAAAGAAGUAAAGAAAGUAAUUAAAGAAGACCCUCGGUUCAUUAAGUAUUCUUCCAGUGACAGGAAGAGACAACGGGAAUUUGAAGAGUAUAUUAGAGAUAAACACAUCACUGCCAAAGCUGACUUCAGGACUCUCUUGAAGGAGACAAAAUUUAUCACAUACAGAUCUAAAAAAUUAGUUCAAGAAUCUGACCAAUAUCUGAAAGACGUUGAAAAAAUUCUGCAAAAUGACAAACGCUAUCUAGUACUUGACUGCAUUCCUGAAGAGAGGCGUAAACUUAUUGUAUCCUAUGUAGACGAUCUUGACCGGCGUGGCCCUCCACCGCCACCAACGGCCUCAGAGCCUGCACGGAGAUCAACAAAAUAAUCGGAUAUUGCAGAGACAAGUAUAUAUCCAUUCAUAACAGUUGCAUGAACCACCUGCAAGGUUUAUAUCAGGUCAUUCUACUGAAACCAACUGCUGUCAGCAAAAAAAGAAGAGUUUUCACGAACUCACGGAGGGAAUAUAUGAAGAGCAGAAGCAGCAUUUGUGCUACAAAAUGGUUAUUUGUACAACACUCUAGAAAUUUAACCUAGUGUUUAUGUAUCACAGCUGCCAUAUUUGCUUGAUUAGCAUAAUGAAUUCUGUCAUGUCAUUUACAAACGUCUGGCUUCUUCAGGUUCUUUCUCCUUAAAACUCUGGUGUGACUCCAGUCACGUAGUAUUUUAUUGCAUUAUCAUUCUCCAGUAAGACUUUUUCAUGUCAAAGGGGGAUCAGGCAAUACAUUGCUGACGUCCCAACAGUGGAGCUAUUCGGUUCUAGGUAGGUUUUUGUUUUCUCCAGGAAAUGUCACACUUUAGAAUUGAGGCCUUCAUCUGUUGCUAUGAAACAGAUCUGGUAGUAAGCUUUGUUGUAUAAAUGUUCGUUUUUUUUUUUUUUUUU